UCUAUAAUCCCCUAUCUAUAAUUAGUAAUAUUAUUAUUUAAAAAACAAAAGAGAAGUUGUUUCUUUACAAAGAUGGCGAUAAAACCUGAAAUUGUGACUGAUUCAAUAAUAAUUGGCGGUGAAUUCAUACCUUUAAAUGAGGAAUUCCACAUCGUCGAAGUACUUAACGUUACAAUACUCGUUUCUAGUAAUAAUAGUAAUACACCACAAGAUAAUGUUAAUAAUAUGAAUUCAGAUUUAAAACAUGAGAGUCGUGCUGAAUGGAGUAGUAAAACACAAUUCUUCCUCAGUAUAAUAGGGUACAGUGUAGGGCUAGGUAAUAUCUGGAGGUUUCCAUAUUUAUGUCAGCAAAACGGUGGUGGAGCAUUUCUUAUUCCUUUCUUUGUGAUGCUUCUCUUGGAAGGAGUACCCCUUUUUCUGAUUGAACUGGGCCUUGGACAGUGAAUGCGACAAGGUGCUCUCGGAGUAUGGAAUACAAUUCAUCCUUGGCUUGGAGGCAUAGGUAUUGCGUCCUGUAUUGUAACAUUCUUUGUUUCACUCUACUACAAUGUUAUCAUCACAUGGUGUUUUUAUUACCUCUUCAACUCUUUUCAGGCUAUUACAUUUCGAUUUGGUGAACCAUUAUUAUGGUCCAAAUGCCCAAGGAUUGAAAAUAAACCAGCAGAAGAAUGUGAGAAGAGUUCCGAGACGGCAUAUUUUUGGUACCGUACGACUCUGGACGCUGCACCAUCUAUUGAAGAUGGUCAAGGCCUCAAGUGGUGGAUAGUUUUAUGUCUACUACUUAGUUGGACCAUAGUUUUUUGUAUUGUUAUGAAAGGCAUUCAGUCUUCGGGAAAGGUGGUCUAUUUUACCUCCAUGUUUCCAUAUUUAGUACUCUCCAUCUUUUUUGUGCGUGGAAUCACACUGAAGGGUGCUGAUGCAGGUCUUGCUUACAUGUAUACACCCAAGGUUGAAAAGCUGCUGGAGCCAACAGUUUGGUUGGCUUUUGGAUCCUUAAUAGCAUUUGGAAGUUAUAAUACACCCAAUAAUCAUUGUGUGCGAAAUGUAAUUCUUGUCAGUGUAUGCAAUGCAUUUACUGCUGUUUAUGCCAGUGUCGUGAUCUUUGCAAUUCUAGGGUUUAAAGCAAUGUCUAAUGUAGACAAGUGCCUUGAAAAUAAUCGGAACUUACUUAUUGAAUACGGCCUUUUAGAAUCAAAUACUACGAAUCAACAAUAUAAUCUUACGACUUAUAAUUUAAAUACAUCUAUAAUUAAUUUAACUUUGAGUAGAUGUAGUUUGAGCGAGCAAUUAGAUAAUGCGGCUGAAGUAACAGGAUUAGUAUUUAUAGUAUUCACACAAGCAAUUAUGGAGCUUCCUGGCGCCCCAUUUUGGUCUUGUAUAUUUUUUAUGAUGCUUUUGGCACUUGGAUUAGGAUCCCAGAUUGGACUUCUUGAAGGAAUGUUAUGUGUUGUUUUUGAAAUAGACCUUUUCAAAAGAAUAAAGAAACAAUAUAUCACAGGUGCGCUGUGCUUGUUCUGCUUCAUCGUGGGGUUGGCAUUUUGUACAGGAGCUGGUGAAUACUGGCUAAAAAUGUUCGAUAGUUUUGCUGGAACAAUUGGCCUUGUAUUACUUGCAUUGAUGGAGAUCGUAGCGGUUGUGUUUGUUUAUGGACACGAAAAAUUCACACAAGAUAUUAAAACCAUGACAGGCUACAAGCCAGGUUUAUACUGGCAAGUGACAUGGAGAUUCCUAGCUCCCUUAAUUAUGAUUACAAUUUUAAUCGCUAGUAUUGUAUCUAUGUUUAUACGAAGACCGACCUACAAUGCAUGGAAUGCCUCUUUGGGUAUGACAAUGCCAACAAGAAUCCAGAUAAGAAGUUAUCCAGAUUGGGUACUUAUAAUAGCUGUAAUAAUCAUUUUAAUUGGUAUCGCACCAAUUCCUAUGGUAUUUUUGUUAAGAAGAUUUCAAUAUAUUAAAUUGGAUGUAGACAUUCAUCAAGGUAGUAUUCGUCGCAUAGAAACAACUGUCUCUACAAAGGAAAUGAUAGGUGAUUUUGAUAUUGAUGAAUAUCAUGACCGCCUUGAAGAUUUGGUCGAUCAUGAAGAUCGAAAUAAUGAUGAUAAUAGUGUGUCUUUAGCAAAUAUUGCCUCUAAAAAUAUGAAAGGAAAAAGUUUUAAAAUGGAUGUCCUGACUUUUUGA